AUGAACGACAUGUUGGUAGUCACUAUAUUGGCUGUCCUAUUUGUCUUGAUUAUCUGGAUCAUGAAUAUACUCUGCAGAUCGACCGAAAAACAAACUCGGCGUUCGGCUGUUAACCUGAAUAAGCGGAAUAAGAUUAAACCUGACGUUGCAUGCACCAAACAGCAUGCACUUCCCCGAGCUGAUAUUAACGAUGGAUUUUCGACUGCCAGCGGAGAAGACUUGAACAACCAAAGUUUUCUUCGUUUGAUGGCAGACGAAAAGAACCUGAUUGAAUUGGAAAAAGAACGCAUAGCGAAUGAGUUGAGUCUUGUUCAAUCCCAACUGACAGACUCCUCAUCAAAGCUGCAAAUGUUUCAGAACGUACACGACGAGUUGGCAGCUACCAAAAGAGAACUCGAAAAUAACAAACGUGAAAUGACUGACAUAAAAGAGAUAAAUCUCCGCUUGACAAAUGACGAUUCGCGACUAAGGCGAACAAUCGAAGACAUGGAUAGAAUUAUUAUCGAAGACAGAGAUAGAAUAAUGGCAUCCAAUGCGAUUGAGAAAAACCUGAUUGUAUUGGAAAAAGAACGUUUGGCGAAUGAGUUGAGUCUAGUCCAAUCCCAACUGACAGACUCCCAUUCCAAAGUGAAACAAUUCCGCAUCGAGUCAGCUACUACCAAAAGCGAACUCGAAGAAAAGAAAAGUGAAAUGACUGACAUGACAGAGAAUAAUCUCCGCUUGACAAAUGAAAAUUCGCGACUUAGGCAAACAAUUGAAGACAAGGAUAGAAUGAUCACACUGAUUGUGUUCGAUAAAGAAAGUUAUGAAAAUGAGUUGAGUCUGCUUCAAUCCCAACUGACGUUCAGCUCCAACCGUCAAAUGUUUCAGAACCAACGCGACGAAUUGGCAAUCACCAAAAUCGAACUCGAAAAUAACAAACGUUUAAUGACUGACAUUACGGAGAAAAAUCUCCGCUUGAAAAAAGACGAUUCGCGGUUAAGGCGAAAAAUCGAAGACAGGGAUAAAAUUAUUGCAUCCAAUGCGAUUGAGAAAAACCUGAUUGUAUUGGAUAAAGAACGUUUGGCGAAUAAGUUGAGUCUGCUUCAAUCCCAACUGACAGACUCCUCAUCAAAGCUGCAAAUGUUUCAGAACGUACACAACGAGUUGGCAGCUACCAAAAGCGAACUCGAAAAUAACAAACGUGAAAUGACUGACAUAAAAGAGAUAAAUCUCCGCUUGACAAAUGACGAUUCGCGACUAAGGCGACAAAUUGAAGCCAAGGAUAGAAUUAUCGAAGACAGGGAUAGAAUUAUUAUCGAAGAAAGAGAUAGAAUUAUGGCAUCCAGUGCGAUUGAGAAAAACCUUGAAUUGGAAAAAGAACGUUUGGAGAAUGAGUUGAGUCUGCUUCAAUCCCAACUGACAGACUCCUCAUCAAAGCUGCAAAUGUUUCAGAACGUACACAACGAGUUGGCAGCUACCAAAAGCGAACUCGAAAAUAACAAACGUGAAAUGACUGACAUAAAAGAGAUAAAUCUCCGCUUGACAAAUGACGAUUCGCGACUAAGGCGACAAAUUGAAGCCAAGGAUAGAAUUAUCGAAGACAGGGAUAGAAUUAUUAUCGAAGAAAGAGAUAGAAUUAUGGCAUCCAGUGCGAUUGAGAAAAACCUUGAAUUGGAAAAAGAACGUUUGGAGAAUGAGUUGAGUCUAGUCCAAUCCCAACUGAAAGACUCCCAUUCCAAAGUGAAACAAUUCCGCAUCGAGUCAGCUACUACCAAAAGCGAACUCGAAGAAAAGAAAAGUGAAAUGACUGACAUGACAGAGAAUAAUCUCCGCUUGACAAAUGAAAAUUCGCGACUUAGGCAAACAAUUGAAGACAAGGAUAGAACUAUCAGACUGAUUGUGUUCGAUAAAGAAAGUUAUGCAAAUGAGUUGAGUCUGCUUCAAUCCCAACUGACGUUCAGCUCCAACCGUCAAAUGUUUCAGAACCAACGCGACGAGUUGUCAAUCACCAAAAUCGAACUCGAAAAUAACAAACGUUUAAUGACUGACAUUACGGAGAAAAAUCUCCGCUUGAAAAAAGACGAUUCGCGGUUAAGGCGAAAAAUCGAAGACAGGGAUAAAAUUAUUGCAUCCAAUGCGAUUGAGAAAAACCUGAUUGUAUUGGAUAAAGAACGUUUGGCGAAUAAGUUGAGUCUAGUUCAAUCACAACUGAGAGACUCCCAAUCCAACCAAAUAUUCCAGAAGGUACACGACGAGAUAGCAACUACGAAAAGGGAACUCGAAGAAAAGAAACGAGAAAUUCUCCGUUGGACCGAAAACGAUUCACAGUUGAGGCGACAAUUGGACCGUCGUCGGCGUCGUCCUGCGACGACAGCAACAACUCGAGAAACGGAAAAUGUAUGUCAGACGACAUACCCGGAUCUGCCGCCGGAAUAUGAAAAUCCCCCCAGUUACGGAGCCUCGGUCACCGCCCGAUACUAA